UGAGGACAGCCACAAAGCUCAGCUUCAGUAUUCCGUUGCUACGUAACCUGCUUCUUGGGCAAAAGUCCAAUAAUCAACAGGGGCGGGAGAUGUGUCUUUGUCGUACCAAGUAUGACGUUGAAGCUGCUAUACUCGACGACUACAGCGGCGUCGAUUAUGCGGUCUCACUGUCCAAGCGGGCGGAUGCAUGGUGUCGACCGGAUUUGGAGACAGCGACGCCCGUGUAUAUGGGUAUGACAAGGCAGUCGAGCUGGCCCGCAGCCACAGGGACAGAAUGCCGUAGUAAGAUCGGGAAAGGCAGUGAACGGCCCGCCGGGAGAGGAGUUCAAACCGGCAGCAAUGCAAGAUCUCAGUCAUAUGAUUUCCACCUGCAACCACCGAUUGUUUUAAAAAGGGCACAUAUGUGCGUAUCAAAGUGUUGCUAGCCCAUACUGAACGCGGGCAAAGCAAGGUUCUCUUUUCCGAUGGCAAGAUGCUCAGACAGUGUGCGGCGCGGACUGUUUCUGUAAGUACUUCAUGAUUGCACAAUGCUUCAGCUGCGGUAUGCGUCGUCCCUUUCCACUGCCUCGCGGUCCCGGUCUAAACCAACGGUACGUGCUGUGAGUGAAGGUUCUGAUGGAGCCAAGCG